AUGCAAAUAUUUGCACAAAAAAUAAGUGUUUGCUGUGAAAAACGUGGUCGGUAUAAAAAGAGAGCUUUACAGGGCUUACUUGAAUAUAAUGCGAAAGGUGGAUUACGUAAGAUGCAUUUAUUGUAUGGACGUACGAGCUUUCUUAGAAGUUCCCUAGAUUUGAUGCAAGAGCAGAUGAAUUUUGCGUAUGAGUUGAGAAUGAUAUCAGAUAUGAAAUUAUGUAAGAUAGGAGGUGUAGAAUCAUUGUUUAGUACUGAUAUGGUGAUGGAUGGGACAUUAAAAUGGAAGCGAAGCGACCUAUUUGGAGUUGACCUUAGUCUGUGCUAUGUUAAUCGGGUUUAA